AGGAUGACAGUUUUGUGCUUUUGACAGACAGCUGUUCGUUUGUUAUUAUUAUUAUUAUUAUUUUAUUGUUCAUUUUGGUGUAAAAAAAUGAAAAUGGCUGAGGAAACCAGAAUUUUACGAAGGAAUCGGCCGGGAACUAAAGCGAAGGACUUUUGUCGUUGGCCAGAUGAAACCUUGAAGGAAAUGGACAGCACCCUGGAGGUGCAGCAGUACAUUCAGCAGCUGAUUCGAAAAGAUCCCUCAAACAUUGAGUUAAUAUUAAGGAUGCCUGAAAAUCAGGAGGAAGGUGUUUGGAAGUACGAACAUUUAAGACAAUUUUGCAUGGAACUAAAUGGUCUGGCAGUCAGAUUACAGGCCGAAUGUUACCCAGAUACAUGCACUCAAAUGACUGCUACAGAGCAAUGGAUAUUUUUAUGUGCUGCACAUAAAACUCCUAAAGAAUGCCCUGCAAUAGAUUACACUAGACAUACAUUGGAUGGAGCUGCAUGUUUGUUAAAUAGUAAUAAAUAUUUCCCUAGCAGGGUUUCGUUAAAGGCAUGCUCAGUAUACAAGCUAGGUUCAGUAUGUAGGCGAGUUUACCGAAUUUUCUCGCACGCUUACUUUCACCACAGACAGGUUUUUGAUGAUUUUGAGAAUGAGACACAUUUGUGCAAAAGAUUCACCCAAUUCGUAAUUAUGUACAACUUGAUGUCCAAGGAUAAUCUCAUUGUGCCUAUUUUGGAAGAAGACGACACCCCUGACGAGUCCGAGGCAUAAUGUGUAUAGAGAAACAAACUUUUAAUAUAUUAGCAUGUUGCAAAUUAAUUGAAUCGAAGCGAAUGUUGGAUUUCGGAAGUACCUAGUAGUGUUGCCGAAUGUGUUCCCUUCUUACAUUCAUACAUUGUUUUUUCUGAGAUAAUAAAUUUUAGUCAUAUAUUAUGUGAUUUUUCGCGCAUAAAAUUUAGAAGCAACGAUUAUGUUUCGUGUGAAACAAUCAUAGGCUUUAAAAUAUUGUUAUUUACAUAUUAACUACUAUUAACAUUGAUCGACACUGAUUAAAAGUGAAUGGAAAGAUAAAUAUAUGGUUUAGGAAUAACAGGUUCCACAUAGAGACUUAAAUAAAUUUUGUAUUAUAAAUUAUUAACAAUGAUGGUUUUCCUGUAUCUAUUUAUACAGUUCUUUUUAACAAAAUUUUGUAAAUUAAAUGUACUUAAUUGUCCUUUUACGAGCACGAAAUUCUCCUUUCAAAGAUUUUAAAAUGAAAGUUUUUACUUUUUUCUAAGGUGUGUUAAUCUGGUUCUUAACUGAUGUUUUAAUUUUAAAACCGUAAUUUAUGUUCAAAAACAUUUGUUUUGUAUUGAAUAUUUCUUAUAGGGUGAAUGUGCUCAUACUUAAGUAUUCGUGAGUCAAUAAAAAUAUUUAAUUGCAUCAAUACCAAAAUAGCAAAGGAUCAACGAUUGCUUCCUAUCUUGAUGAUGUUUAAUUUAUGACAACCAAGGAAAUAAUAUUAAUGUAUUUUCUUGUUUUAUAGUAAUUGUUUAAGCUGUUGUGUAUUUAAGAGACGAUGAUUUAUUUUAUUAACAAUAUUAAUUAAAGCGAUGCUUACAGGUAAA